AUGCACUCUUUGGACAACAACAUAUCAAGAAACAUCCACAAGAACACGCCGUCAUUUUCCUCCGCGCUUCUCGAAGAAAUCUACCGUUCGAUCGACGGCAAAUCGGAAGACUUCCCGGCGAACAGAGGAAAGCCGUCGAAAAACCAGGGCGGCUGUCGGGCUAAGACCAACAUAAUAGAAGAUGAAGUCAGAGCGAGCCUCGCAAGGGCGCGUUUGGUCGAGAAAUGGAUCCAACACGCCAAAACCGAAAAGUCCUACCCCAAAAGAACCGAAAACAACAGCGAUUUGUUGUUCUUCAGCUCGACCUCGAGCUCCAAUUCCGACAGCUCGGGCGCGCUCUCGUCGUCCGACACGGAGUUCUUCGCCUCCCAAACGGCCCCCAAGGUGUCCUGCUUCUCGACCCGGCCCAAGCCCAUCCGGACCACCCGCUUGCCGGCCCGCGACACCAAAUGGGCCGAUCACGAAAAAUCACGGGCCGCCGCCGCCCUGAAGAUGUUCUCCGAUUUGAAAAAGGAGAAGAAGCAACCGGUAUCGCCCGGCGGGCGCCUGACGAGCCUCAUAAGCUCGAUUUUCGCCAAUGCAAGUGGGAAAAUGUCGAAAAAUGCUGGCCCAAGGUCGUGCCUCAGCAAGUACUCGUUGGGGUCGAGGGAGAAGACGAGGAGUGGGGCCCACGGAGCACCGGUAAGUGCAUUGGGGGAGUCGAAAUGGAGCCAAAUGGAGAAAUGUGGAAAAAUCGAGGUGGGUGUGGAAAAUGAGAGGAAAGGGUAUAGUGGUAACAAAAAGAUGGACGAUUUUUCGGUGAUUGGUGAAAUUAGGGAUUGUGUGAACGAUGUUGCUAAUUGUGAUGGGAUCAGUGACUCGAGUUCGGAUCUUUUCGAGCUCGAUCACUUAGACUUGUUAGGGAAUAGUAGUACAUUUUGCGACGAACUUCCGGUUUACGAAACCACUUGUUCAGAUGCUAAUCGUGUUAUCGCCGGUCGUCGUGUCGUUUGA